AUGCCUGUCUGCCGUAUUUGCGGUGUGUGCCAAGAAGAGAGCGACCUCCGUCGUGUAAAGGCUAAAGAUACAUUGCUACUCUUGUUGUGCAUUAUGGCGGAGAAGGAUGAACUCAGUUGUCGGAUGCGCACGGGGUUUAUAAUGAAUGCGUACGUUUACGCAAACGCAUCUGUAAGACGUCAUUUGAGUGAAGCAGCUACCUACAUCGGUGAUGCAGUGAGCAUGAUAUGCAAAGUUGUUGUGAAUGAUCUCUUCACCGUCCCUUCUUGUGCCAUUGAGGAGAUCCUAGUUCGCUUAGAGCCGAACCAGCUGGCGAUUGAUGUAAGCAUACAGUACUUUACAGUUUGUGGUCUACGGUGCAAACACAUUUCCGUUCAGGCCAGUUUUAAACUAACAGCGAAUCAUGUGGCCAUCUUCUAUCGUGAUUUCAGAGAAGUCAGUCAGAGCAAGUUUUCGGGGUCCAGGAAAAGGAAGACGUUGCAUAUUGAUGACGAUGAAGUACCCGAAGAGCUGAAGGGAACACGAGCAUCUGCCGUGGAUAUGGAACUUGCUUCUGUGGAGGAGACUGAAGAUCGGAUGUUGUCGCAAACAUCAGAGGACUUGAAUACAAGUAGAACCUCUGAGGGAGUUUGUACGCAACAGUCCCAGUCCACAGAUCCACUUUCCCAAUAUACAAAUCCAUCGGAUUCAACGAUAGGCUCUCAGGACAUCGUGGAACUGGAUGAAACAGACCCUGAUCUGCUGGACCGCCAUUUCCUUAUUAAAGGGAGCCACUUAUUGAAGCUUUUCCGUUUUUGCCCAUCUUGCGGCUCCAAAAUAUCAGAGUCGAAAAGAUGUGUGCGUCUGAGGGCUGUUGGAACAGCUCCUGUCGUGGAUUACAUCUGCACGACUUGUUAC